CCAGCUUCCCAGAGCUCGCAGCCCGGCCAUGGCCCAGUCCCCUCCUGUGCAGAGCCUCCUCGGCCGCGACCACUGGAUCUUCCCUCAAGGUUGGGGCUGGGCCAGCCACUCGAACUCCACGUCCCCAGCCUCUUCCUCAGACUCAUCGGGCUCGUGGCCCUGCGACCGCGCCCCCGGCCCCUUGCAGGCGGUGCCCUCGGCCCGCAGCGCAGUGGAGGCGGCCUCGACGGCGCCUGGACGUGCGCGGACCCGGCCGGCCGGCGGGCAGCGGCAGAGCGCCAGCGAGCGCGAGAAGCUGCGCAUGCGCACGCUCGCCCGCGCGCUGCACCAGCUGCGCCGCUUUCUGCCGCCCUCAGUGGCGCCCGCCGGCCAGAGCCUGACCAAGAUCGAGACGCUGCGCCUGGCCAUCCGCUACAUCGGCCACCUGUCGGCCGUGCUGGGCCUCAGCGAGGAGAGCCUGCAGCGCGAGCGCCGGCGACGCGGCGACGUGGUGCUGCCCCGGGGCUGCCCGCGGUGCCCCGACGGCGGCCCCGCGCAGGCGCAGACGCAGAUGCAGAUGCAGGCGGGCGGCCUGGGCGGGGGCUCAGCCGUCGGUGCCCCGACGUCCUGGGGGUCCCCGCCCGCCUGCUCCGGAGCGCUCACGGAGCCAGAGCGCCUGGGGAGCAGGGUCCCCGACAUGGGCCCCUGGGUGACACCCCCUUACUGCCCUGGGCUGCAGUCCUCCCCGCAGCUGUCCCAAGGGAGAGCCCCCAACGCAGCCCUUUGGAUGCCGUCUCAAGCUUGUUCCGGAACGCGGACACCCCCGGCGCCCAGGAACCAGCCCAUACCCUGGACAUCACCCCCCGCGUCUCUGGAGCUGGCUGCAGUGUACCAGGGUAUCUCUGUGUCUCCGGAGUCCUGUCUGUCACCAGAAACCCUUCCUCUCCUGCCCGGCCCGCCAUGCCAGAGAUUCCAGCCUCAGGCUCAGUGGGAGUGCUGGAGCCACAGUGCAGAAGGGCUGCCCAGCUUGGAGGACCAGGCCCCAGACCCUGCCUUCCAGCUCAGUGAUCAAAGCCGUCCCCAGAGCUCAGGCCUGCAGCUCAGUGGCUGCCCUGAACUUUGGCAGGAAGAUCUGGGGGGGGCUCACCUGGGCAUCUUCUACUGAUGGCCUUGCCUGACCCCCCUUUCAGCCAGGACUCAGGCCUGUUGUGUGGGGAGCCCUCCUCAUUUGUGGUUUCAGUGGUUUUCAGGCUGUCUUUUAGCCACAGAUCUCUUCCAAAUGAUGUCUUUCAUGGAAGCAGUAUUUGAAACAGAUAGGGGGCUGGGGCAGUCCCUCCAAUCCUAUAUUCCCCCCAGGUUGACCAGUGCCCUGGAGAGCACAGCCUGAGCUGCAGUAAGAUGGUGGCUGCUUGACUGCAAUGGGACUGGUGGCGGUGUAGAUUUUGGG